UUGUGUAUAUUUACAUUGUUUUGAAGUUAUAAUGAUGCUUUAGUGUGGUGGUGUAUUUUUGCUGGUCUUUCAGGAUGGAUCAGAUGAUGGUGGUGGCUGGAGAUUAUACUCUUGGUGCAAAUGAGGGGACGGAGCAAUACUCUAAACCUCUGAUGCUCAUCCCGCAUCCGCUGUACAACAGGAGCACCAAUAAUGCAGAUAUUAUGCUCAUAAAGCUUAGUGCACCUAUAGAGCUGAACAGGUAUGUGUCCCUCGCACCGCUGCCCAAACAGAACACCGGUCUGCUGGCAGGACGAAUGUGCCGGGUGUCAGGAUGGGGCUCCACCAGCCACAGCGGAGGUCUGAUCCCGCUUACCCUGCGCACUGUCAGACUCCCCAUCGUCUCCACGUUUAAGUGCAACAGCAGCAGCUCCUUCAGCGGAAACAUCACCGCUAAUAUGAUCUGUGCCGGCUCCAGUACAGGAGGGAAAGAUGCCUGUAAGAAUUCUACUCAAUAUCUUUGUCAUCUGAUUGUGUAUUUGUGUCAGGGUGACUCUGGAGGGCCGCUGGUGUGUGAUGGACGUGUUUACGGUCUGGUCUCUUGGGGAAAUGGAUGUGGAGAUCCUCGUUUUCCAGGGGUUUAUACAGCCGUGUCCCGAUUCCGCAGGUGGAUUGACCAGACUAUAUACAGCACAUAUGCACGAUGCCUUAAAUCUGCUGGACUUUUUGGCAAAGACUAGACUUCUGUGCAUUUUUGAUCACAUAUUUCAUUCAUGUAACGCGCAGAUAAUAUUCCUCAUCUGCUGUAUGGGUCCAUUCCUGUGGAUGUUUGGAAAAUAAAACUACUAAGAUGCACGAUUCACAUUCUCACUAGGUUGUUUAGGAAAACUUGCAAAUCGAUUUAAUGUUUAUUGACUACCUGGAUGUGGAGUUACUGUACUGUCCUGUAAUGUAUUUUAGACGUUUUUUGACACCAAUUUUAGAUGUCGAUGUGAAGUCGUUUUGA